GUCAUCUCGCCAACAAAGAUCAGCAAGCUCAUUGGAACACACAAAUGUAUAAUAACCAUGACUGGUCCCCCGCUAUCUUCUUCUAAAAGGUUAUGCCUUCAUUGGCCACAUUUGAUGAAAGAGCUGCUGCCAGCCCUAUGCCAAAGACCACAAUACGGGUGGCGAACGACACGCACCUAUAGCUCGCGCUCGGCCAAAGCAACUGUUUCCAAGCGCCGACCGUCCAAACCCACUGCUUCACCACCGCUCUUAUCCGAAGACUUUUCACAACAAGAACAGCAAUUUCGUACCGAAUUCAACCAUACUCAAAAGAUUUACUGGUAUCCGACACACCAGAGUCGUGCUCUUCGACAGCUUCAAAAUGGAAUACACCAGAUAGACGUCGUAGUAGAGGUUCGAGAUGCCCGAAUACCGCUGACCAGCAAGAACCCAAAGUUUGAUGAAAUAUUGGGCAGACGACCUAGACUGAUCGUUUACAAUAAGGCGGAUUUGGCUAAUCCUAAUAUGACAAAGCCUAUCGUAGACGCUUUUCGCCGACACGGCCGAGACCAAGUGGUAUUUACGCAAGCGGACAAGGGGCUGCAUGUCAAGCGGAUUUUGGAGUGGGCAUUAGAGAAAUAUAGGCAGAGUCCCGAUCGAUAUCCGUUCCUAUCAAUGGUUGUUGUUGGCCUGCCCAAUGUGGGCAAAUCUUCCUUGAUCAAUGCACUCCGACGCGUGGGGGUAAAAAAAGGGAAAGUAAGCGCUGUUGGUCCACAGGCAGGUGUAACACAAACCAUCCAGACGAGGGUCAAAAUAUACGACAACCCCCCAAUCUACCUAGUCGACACUCCGGGGAUAUUUGAUCCACACUUUACACAUCCAAUAGAAGGAUUAAAGAUAGCCUUGACCGGUGCAACGAAAGAUCGACUUACGGAGGAGGAGAACGUUGCGGACUAUCUCCUGUUUCGGCUAAACAACUCUACACACAGAGAAAAAUACCCGGCCAUUCUUGGCCUUCCUGGUCCCUCUGAUGAUAUUGCAAAGGUUCUCUCGCAUAUAGCGCGUCGAAACAAAUUUAAUCUUUCUGGUGCUUCGAAUCGUGGAAGCCAUCCCGAUGCAGGUCAUGUAGAUUUACAAGGCUUUGCGCUGGCAUUCGAUGAAGAGGAAUUAGCGGAAUUUGGUCCCAAGAAGAAUGGCACGGACCUGGACAUCCAGCGGGCCGCAAAAUAUAUGAUAGGACUCUUUCGCGACGGAGCUUUUGGGCCUAUGACCCUUGACGAUUGUACACCCACAACACUAGAUGACUGGUUAAAGGGUAGCUCUGCGGAGAGCGGCGUGGAGGCGCAAUUGGAGGGUAGCGGGAGCCGAUAGUGGAAGCGCAUGUACUACUAAUGUCGAUGUGGUCAAUUGAUAAUCAUCCUCACCACGUAUCGCAUGCAUACUAUCACGCAGAGCAAGCACAUUUAACAUCUCAACAUUUCAAGUUCUA